AUGCUUCCGUUUCUGUCUUUCCUUCUCCUGGAUGUGGUGACAGCAUCUUAUACAGAGCCUGUAACUGAAGGUGCUCAAAGUACCUGCAGUUCUCCAGGCCUCAAUGGUUUACCAGGUAAAGAUGGACAUGAUGGUAUAAAGGGAGAAAAGGGAGAUCCAGGUCAAGGGCUCAGAGACUUGCAGGGCCCUCCUGGAAACGCAGGAUCUGCAGGAUCUGGGCCCAAAGGAGCAGAAGGUCCAAAAGGAGCAGAGGGGCCCAGAGGAGCUGUGGGGCCAAAAGGAGACCGUGGAGAGCGUGUAGAAUGUGAGUUUAGAAAAAUUAAUGCAGAAAUCGCAGGCCUGCAGUCAGAACUGAGAGGCUUUAAGAAGUGGGUGCUGUUCUCUACGAGUGAACAAGUUGGGAAGAAGUACUUUGUGAAUACUGGUAAAACGUUGAGUUUUAAUGCAGUCAAGUGCUCCCAAUUCCAUGCCUCUGUGGCCACUCCCCGGAAUCCUGAGGAAAACAGGGCCCUUCAGAAGGUGGCUAAAGACAUCGCCUACUUGGGCAUAAUAGAUAACAAAACUCAAAAUCGCUUUUUGGAUUUGGCAGGAAACAGAGUGCAGUACACUAACUGGAAUGCGGGUGAGCCCAACGACACUAACAAUGAGGAGGGCUGUGUGGUGCUCUUAUUAAAUGGCAGGUGGAACGAUGAUGUUCAUUGCCAUGAUUCCUUUUUGGCAGUCUGA